AAGAGCAGAACAAACUAUGAUAUUGUUGGUCGGUGUUCUUCCCACAAUCUUACUUCAGGAUCAUGCACUUAAAAACGGAUUACGACAAAAUGGAAAAAUCUUUUUAGAGUCUUAAGAAGAAUGCAGAAACUCGGAAAUCCUACUUUCUACUUGACAUAUUUGAGAGUUGGGAUAUGCAAUGCUGGUAUAUUAUCCCUACUACCCACAAUCCAUGCAUGUGGUGUUUAUUAGUUGUUUCAAAAAGAAAAUGUCAUCGGCUUUAUAUUUCAAACUGUGAAAUGUUUAAUUUCAACAUUAUUAAGGAAACUAAUGGAUAUAAUAAACAAGACACAAGUGACCAUGUUUGAGUUUUCUGGACUAACUGAUAGUAAAGAACUGGUUCCAUUUCUCUUCAUCUUCUUUUUUCUGGUUUACAUGGUGACCCUAGUAGGAAAUGUUGGGAUGAUGGCCCUUGUCUGCGUCUUCUCCACCCUACACACCCCAAUGUACUUCUUGCUGAGUAGCCUGUCUAUGGUGGAUAUUUUGUACUCCUCAGUUAUCACUCCAAAUAUGUUGUCUCACUUGCUUUCCUCAAAGAAGUCGAUCUCAUUUCUUGGUUGCGCCCUUCAGUUUUACUUCUUUUGUUCAUUGGUAAGCACUGAGACUCUUCUUCUCUCCUCCAUGUCCUAUGACCGCUAUGUGGCUAUCUGCCACCCUCUACACUACACCUUGAUAAUGACCAAGAAGAAAUGUUUUGAUUUGGUCUUUUAUUCUUCCUUUGCUAGCUUCUUACAGUCGGUUGCGCAGACCAGUUGUGUGUUCAGUCUUCCAUUUUGUGGAUCGAACCUGAUUGACCAUUUCUACUGUGACAUCCCACCUCUGCUGAAAUUGUCCUGCUCCAGCACUUUCCAUUGUAAUAUGGUAACUGGCAUCCUUGUGGCAGUCUGUGGAAUGUAUACACUAGUUACAAUCUUCCUCUCAUACACUUUCAUUUUUAUUUCAAUCUUUAAGAUGACAUCCAAUAAGGGCAGACAGAAGGCCUUCAGUACGUGCUCCUCACAUAUUAUUUGUGUCUCCAUCUUUAUGAUGACUGUUUUCUUUGUCUAUCUGCGUCCUCAUUCAGGGACCUUUGACAAACAAGACAAGGUAGCCUCUGUCUUCUAUACAAUAAUGACUCCGAUGCUGAAUCCUCUGAUCUACAGCCUGAGGAACCAAGAGGUGAAGCGGGUUCUUGCCCAAGCGAUGCUAAAAUACUUCUGAUGUAGAAAUAACACAUCUCCUGUGUAAUGCUGGCCAGACACUAUAUGAAAAAUCGGCCUAACCCAUU